UCCUUCCCCGUCGGGACCUCGCCACCCAAUUCAAUUCGAUUCAACGCCUCCUCGCUCGCUCGCCGAUCCAGGCAGCGCAGCCGCCCAAAUCCCCCUCCUACCAACCCCGCCGAUCGAACAGAAUACAAUGGCCCAGCUCAAGGCCGCGCGCGUCGCCGACGUGCCCAACCUGGACGUGGUGGCCCCCGGCCUGGUGGUCGCGGCCGGCGAGUCGGACGCCGCCGCGAUCGCGGCGGCGGGGAAGCGCGGCCCGGCGGGCGGCGGCGGCGGCCGGUUCUCCGUGAUCGGGCACCGCGGGAAGGGGAUGAACGCGCUGGCGUCCGCGGACCGGCGGCUGCAGGAGGUCCGCGAGAACACCGUCCGCUCCUUCAACGACGCCGCGCGCUUCCCCGUCGACUACGUCGAGUUCGACGUCCAGGUCACCAAGGAUGGGUGCCCAAUCAUCUUCCAUGACAACUUCAUCUACACUGAAGAAGAUGGUAAAAUUUCACAGAAGCGUGUCACUGAUCUUCAGUUGGAAGACUUCGUCCAGUAUGGACCACAAAAUGAGAAGGGGAAGAUUGGGAAGCCCCUGCUUCGCAAAAUGAAGGACGGUAGAAUCAUCAACUGGAAUGUGCAGUCAGAGGAUGCUCUUUGCACGCUUCAAGAAGCAUUCGAGAAGGUCAACACUAGAUUGGGCUUCAACGUUGAGCUGAAAUUCGAUGACAAUCUUGAAUACCAGGAGGAAGAGCUAACUCGCAUCCUCCAGGCCAUCCUGAAGGUGAUCUUUGAGCACGCCAAAGAUAGGCCUAUACUUUUCUCUAGCUUCCAGCCCGAUGCUGCGCUGCUCAUGCGAAAAUUGCAGAGCAAAUACCCUGUCUACUUUUUGACGAACGGAGGGACAGAGAUUUACAUUGACGUGAGGAGGAACUCGUUGGAGGAGGCCAUCAAGCUAUGCCUUAGCAGUGGCCUGCAAGGGAUAGUUUCUGAGGCCCGUGGAAUAUUCAGGCACCCUGCUGCCAUACCAAAGAUCAAAGAGGCUAACCUCUCCCUGCUGACCUACGGAACAUUGAAUAACGUGCCAGAAGCGGUGUACAUGCAGCACCUGAUGGGGGUGAACGGGGUGAUCGUCGACCUGGUGCCAGAGAUCACUGAGGCCGUCUCCGAGCUCAUCGCCCUGCCGGAGCCUGACCCGGAAGUGGAGAGCUUGAGCAACAACCAGGCUGCUAAAGGCACUGCAACACCAAAUUUCUCGCAACGCGAGAUCUCAUUCCUGCUGAGGCUUAUCCCUGAGCUUGUCCAAUAAUGCCUUCCUUCCAGAUGUCUAUCUUGAAUUAUCUAAUGUAUUACUGAUGUAGUGAUCUGCAUACAAGAAAAGAAGCCCUUGUGCAGGGUAUAUGUUUAUGUAGGUUGAUACGUCUGUCCUGAAACUUGUCCUGGUUCAGUUAUUACUUUUGCUGGGAGGAUUGAGGAUUUGAUCAAUGUAGGGAGGGCAGGGGGUGGAGUGAGGUCUGACAAACAAUCUGACAAGUGUUAGGACCCCAGAAAGGAGUCUCGAGUUGUAGUAUCUGUAACGCAGUAACGAGCUGUUUGAGUUAAAUGAUAAUGUGUAGCUGAUAAUUUGUAUGAGCAAUAUACUUUCAAGAAGGUUGCCAGCGUGCCAUA